AUGAAGACCUUCACGCUUGCCUCAGCCUUCCUGGCUACAGCACUCGCUGCACCAGCUACACUUGCACCAAGCGAUAUCACACCACGCACCCUGAGCGUCCUGAAGAACUUCGCAAAAUGUCCAGCAAACCCUGCACAACCUGACGGCAGGUUACCCAAAGGAAACAGCAUCUCAACCUCAGUACUCGUCCCCAUAUCUGCCAAGAACCCCGACAAAGCAUACCCAUCCACGGAAUGGGCGACCGUAACUCCCAAAGAUAAAUGCACAAUCUUCAAUCUCGAGCUCGACUCUGACACCACCCAAGGCAAGAUCUGCAAUCUUGUCUUCGACUUUCCUUCUCUUAUUCAAGCACCUGGUCUUUUCGUCUUUCAAGGCCCUGGUCAUUUCACCUUUACCGGUUACGAUAUCAAUGCUGGUGCAGAGGCUGGCGUUACUACGUACAAUCACCAACCACGUCCAGGACCUAGCCCACCAAACCCACCGCCGGUCAUCAAGCCGGGCAACAGCUAUAUUGUCAAUGGUGCUCCGUGUGGAAUUCCUCCUGGCAUCGGCAAGGUGACCACAACCUUCAGAAACGCCAUCUUACACCCCUCCCCGACACUCAAUAACGGCGACAUGACUGAACACUUCAAGGGAGCAACUUGGUUCUUCUUCGAUCUCGACGACACUUUGCACGAGUUCCGCAAAGCAUCUUCCGCCGCCGUCGAGGCGACGCUGCAUAUCAUCGCAGAACAACACGCGAACCGUGAGACUACGCCCAGUCAACCGCUCAUAGCCGCCGAGUUGAAGAAGGAAUAUAUCAAGGUACUUAAAACCAAAACAGCAGCAGCAUUCGUAGACGGCAAAACAAGCAAUGAGUACCGUGCAGAGCGUUUCCAGAGUGUCAUGGAUACCUUUGAUCUUAGAUGUACAGAGCUGCAGAUGCAGGUAUUACUCGACACCUACGAAACAGCACUUACAAAACAUCUGCAGCUCAAAGAAGGCGCGAUAUUACUACUGCAGGUUUUAAAGCAAAAAGGGAAAAGCAUAGCCAUUGUCACAGAAGGCCCCCAGGAUUCGCAGGAACGUACUGUCGCUGCUUUGGGCUUAGAGCCAUUUUAUGACAGGCUGAUCACGACGAAUAAGCUUGGUGUGGCGAAGGUAGAUGGGCUAUUUGGCAAGGCGCUGGAGACUCUCAAAAUAAGGAGUGGGGAUGUAGUCAUGGUAGGGGACAGCUGGGAAAGGGACAUCAUCCCUGCGGCGGAAGCAGGAAUAGAAUGUGUGUGGCUUGCUGAGAAAGAGCAGAACUAUGGGACAACUUUGGAUUUAAACGGUCAAGAGAAACACGUAGCUGUCACUGUGGUCAAUUCACUGGGUAGAUUGCAGAGUAUUAUGGAGGCUGAGUCAGGUUAG